AUGUUGUGCUGUACGCGUGAAGUCUACUGCGGCACCACCUUGUCCCACCCAAGUGAGGCCUCUCGAAAGCUGAAGUACUUGAAGAGCUCGCUGUUGGACGACUUUCGGCUAUCUUUCAACAAGACAGAAAUGGGCAAGGCAGCAAGCGCCAUAAUUUGCGCCAUUCUUGCAGUUUGGUGCUGCAGUCUUAUCUUCAUGCUAGGAGUGUGGCUGUACCUGCGUUCUGCUAAAGUUCCAGUGCAUAAUGUUGAGUUCAGUGCCUUCUACGUCCAACUGGAUUUCGUGCAGGAAUUACUCUCUCUAGGUCAGACUAUCGGUGCCACAGUGGCGGGACCCCUAGCGUGCCUUGUUGCCUUUGUUCUCGCCUCGGUGACGGUGCAUGCUGCCAAUAUCAUGCUGGGGAGACAGCCAACUCCAGUUUAUCAGUUUUGCAGUGCUCUGGGCGCCGCAACUGCUCUUAAUCCUGUCCUGAUGGCCGCUAUUGAAGGAAUAAGCUCAAAUAUGACUGGCGUCUCCUUUAUGCUUUUUAACCACUACAUCAGGGAUGUUAACAAUGCCACACUUGGAGUCAUCAUUGCCCUCCUCAUUGACCUGGCGUUCAUCGGGUGUAGUAUAUUAGUCUACUACAGCUAUGCAAUUGCGGUUCAUCGCCACGGGCAGGUGAAGGACACACACAGGAGACUUACAGGGAAUGCAUCACUGUUUCACUUGCCACUGGAUACUGAGGUCUCGGAAAGGUACUUGAUGGGGUGCUUAGAAAGUGCCAGGCAGUACAGAGGGCCUGAAGGCGAAGUUAGAAAGAUCCAUGCAACAGAGCAUCCAAUUACGGAGCCGGAUCAAGACUCAAAGGGAUUUAAUGCACGGAAACGGUGUUGUCGAUUGGGAAGCCGGCGUCGAGCGGACUUUCAAGUGACUCAGCUGGCGAUAUAUACCGUGAAUUCGAGGGCCGGUACACAGACAUUGUACAGGCGGUUUUUGAUGCACCCUGAUGGCACCAUUCUGGAGGUCCUGCCGAACUUUCCAGAAGGAAAAUACCCGUCAGAGGGAACAGAUGAUCAUGUGCAACCUUCAACCGAUCCAAACGACACGAUUAUUCAUCCAGAUCCGGGAGACCAUACCGCAUGA